AUGGCUCUUCUUUCAAGAGUUCUUAACCAUCAUAGUGAUAAGUCUGGAAGACGUUCAAGAUCUUCAAGUCUUCAAUCAAACUCCGGUUCAACUUCCCCCUCAAUUAGAGCUUCAAGAACAAGAACAAAUUCAAUUCAACAUCUUAAUGGUAAUGGUUUAACUAAUACCAAUGAUCCUUCCUUUUCAUUAUCGAUAAAUCUAGAAUCACCCCCUAUUGUAUUAUAUGGUCAACCUCAUGAAUCUACAGGAUCUAUUAUAUCAGGAAUAUUAAAAUUGGAUAUUAAACAGAUACCUGAUACUUUGAUUACCAAUGACAAUAAUGAGUUAAGACUGUUUGAAAGUGUUACCAUCGCUCUUGUUCAGACUGUAAAAUAUUCAAAACCUUUCAUGAUUUCUGCUGCAUCAAUUCAAAGUUGCCGUGAUUGUAAUUAUCAAAAGACUACUUUGGCUAGAUGGGAUGUCUUAACUUCAACUUGUUCAUUUCCAUCUGGAACUCAUGCAUAUCCAUUUUCACAUUUAAUUCCAGGUUCAUUACCUGCAUCAUCAAAAUUAGGAUCAGUUAAUGCUUCAAGUUUUAUAAAAUAUGAAUUAAUAGCUAUUGCAAAACGUCCCAAUACUAAACAAACCACUUUAAUCUUACCCGUUCGUGUAACAAGACUGAUUUUAAGAGGUCCAGAUCGUAAUUCAUUAAGAGUUUUCCCUCCCACUGAAAUUACUGCAAGUGCAGUGUUGCCAAAUGUCAUAUAUCCUAAAUCAAGUUUCCCAAUCGAAUUAAAACUUAAUAAUAUUGUAAGUGCAAAUGGUGAUAGAAGAUGGAGAAUGAGAAAAUUAACUUGGAGAAUUGAAGAAUUAGUUAAAAUAAGAUUAUCUGUGUGUGAACUUGAAAACCAUCAAUUAAAAUUAAAAUUUUGUGAAUUAGCACAAAAGAAAUUAAAAACUAAGGAUUCUUCUUCAAAUCCAACUUUUCAUAAUAAAUCAAAUGUCCAUCAUAGUACAAUUCAAACUAAUGUUUCCAUGCAAAGAGAUCCUGUAAUAACUGGUUCACAUGUUCCAAAUGAUUUGGUUCCAAUUGAUAGUAAUGUGAAUCCCGAAAAUAGUAAUGUUGAUACCAUUGUUCAUGAUGAUAUAGUGGAUAAUGAUAUGGAAGGAAAUAUCAGAAGUGGACCAAGUCAUGCUCAUGAAAAUUUCAUGGAAGAUUUCGGGGUAAGAUCUAACGGCAACAAUAAUGAUCUAGAACCAAGCGUCUCCACCCACUCAAAUGUUCUCGAUGCUGGUGAAACUGAAGAUGCAAAUGCAGAACAUCUUUACGUGGAAGAAUUAAGAACUAUCAGUCAUGGAGAUUUUAAGUCAGGUUGGAAAUCAGAUUUUUCAGAUCGAGGUAAAAUUGAAUUGGUUGCUGAUAUUAGUGCUAGUAACUUUGAUACUGGUUUGAAUAAUCAUAUAUCUAGAAUAUCAAGUGAUAGUGAUAAGGAUUUAAUAGAUCCUUAUGGUAUAUCAUCUAGAAAUGGCUCUGCUAAUGUAUGUUGUGAUAUUGAAGAUCCAACUCUUGGAGUUUAUGUUAGUCAUACCUUAGUGGUUGAAGUUAUUGUGGCAGAAGAAAUAAUUCAAAGUAAUGAACGAAGACAACCAAGAAAGAGUAAUUCAUCUAAUGAAUUAACCACAGUUCCUUCAACAUCUUCAGUAUCUUCAAUUGGAAGAUCAUACUCAUCGUCAUCUACUACAACUCCAGCGACCCCUUCUGCGCAACCAAAAACUCCACAAAUGGGUGUACCAACUGGUGCUGCUCGAGUAUUACGUAUGCAAUUUAAAUUAUGCUUGACUGAAAGAUCAGGAUUAGGUAUAGCAUGGGAUGAUGAAGUUCCUCCAACUUAUGAAGAUGUUCGAACUUUAAGUCCACCAAAUUAUCAUGAAAAUUCUUCAAAUCCAUCCACUCCUACAUAUCCAAGAAGUACUCCAAAUAUUUUAUAUGGUGUUGGUGAUACUCCUAUUGUAGGAUCAUUUGGUCUUAAUAGAAGUACCCCUUCUACUUUAACUAUUGAUGGUAUGAUUGAUUUAGAUGAGAGAAUUCAAGAAUUUUCAUUAUGA